CUUGGAAGCGGCCUGAGGCCGUGGGGCGUCCAGGUCGCCGGGGUCGCCUCUGGGCGCGGCUUCUAGGCCCGGCGAGCGUGGUCAGGCCGUCUUUGCUGGCCCUUGGGUUCCGUUGAAUGAACAUCGCGCACCGGGGGUGGGUGGGGCAGAAGCUUGGGUGCCUCCGCGCCAGCCCCCCGCGCCUGGGAAGAGCAGCCUGAAGGCAUGAAGGGGAGGAAGAAAAGACUCCUCCAUGAAGGCUCGGCAGGUGGAAGGGAAGCGAACAGCAGUGUCCGGUCGUUGCAGCUCUACCUGACGUGGCUGGCAUUGCCUCCAAUGGGGCCUGAAGGAACGGAGAAGACAUGUCCCCGGGGGGUACUGCCUGACGCCUGGGUGAUGAGAGAGGAAGCUUAGUAAGUUUGCACAGGAGGUUUUGUUUCCUUCUUUAUUUCUUUACAUCUGGAGGACGUUCUUUGGUAGCCUGGUGUCGGGAAUUGUAUCUCCCGGCUCCGCAGUGAUUCGCUCCCCAGCCCGGUGGUGCCCAGUUGCCUCGGGGUCUCAGAGCCCGACCUGGACAAGAAAAGCCCCCGAGGCCAUGGUGAUGCUCCGGGCGCUCCUGAGGGUCAGGUGUGCAGCGGCAGCCCAUGGAGAUACCGCUCAAUUCUGAAGCUCAAGACCACCCGCUUCUGCCAGAUGGUAAGACCAAGACCAAGAUUGGAGAGCUGACUCCGGAGUUAGAAAUCACAGCAGAAAAUGAACCAUUGGCUGAAGAGUCUGACAGUCCCAGAGACGAUGUUCUGCAGGAUUCUGAGUGCAGAGAAUUCUGUGAAUUGGGGGAUACAUUAAAUGAAAAGGAUAAGAACAUCUUUAAAAGAGGACAGCGUAACUUUGAUGAAUGUGGACAAAACUUUGCUUGGAGUACAGGCCUCAUUAGGCAUCAAAGAAAACAUUGGGAGAAACGCUAUGAAUGUGAUAAGUGUGGGAAGGCCUUUCGUGUGAGCUCAGCUCUGGUUCUGCAUCAAAGAAUUCAUACUGGGGAGAAACCCUAUCCUUGUCAUUGGUGUAUUAAAAGUUUCAGUCGGAGCUCAGACCUUAUUAAACAUCAAAGAGUCCACACUGGUGAAAAACCCUAUAAAUGUGAUGAAUGUGGGAAAGCCUUCAGUCAGAGCUCAGAUCUUAUUAUACAUCAGAGAAUCCACACGGGAGAAAAACCCUAUCAGUGCAGUCACUGUCAUAAAAGUUUUAGCCAGCGCUCAGACCUGGUUAAACACUUGAGAAUCCAUACUGGAGAGAAGCCUUAUACAUGUAACCAGUGUAACAAACAUUUUAGUCAGAGUUCUGAUGUUAUAAAACAUCAAAGAAUCCACACUGGUGAAAAACCAUAUAAAUGUGAUGUGUGUGGGAAAGCCUUCAGUCAGAGCUCUGAUCUUAUUCUACAUCAGAGAAUCCAUACCGGGGAGAAACCAUAUCCAUGCGAUCAGUGUAGCAAAAGUUUCAGUCAGAACUCAGACCUUAUUAAACAUCGAAGGAUCCACACAGGAGAGAAACCCUAUAAAUGUAAUGAAUGUGGGAAGGCUUUUAAUCAGAGUUCAGUCCUUAUUCUGCACCAGAGAAUCCACACUGGAGAGAAACCCUAUCCGUGUACUCAGUGUAGCAAAACAUUCAGCCGACUUUCAGAUCUUAUUAAUCAUCAGCGAAUUCACACUGGAGAAAAGCCUUAUCCAUGUAACCAGUGCACUAAAAUGUUUAGUCGAAGAUCAGAUCUUGUAAAGCACCAUAGGAUUCAUACUGGUGAGAAACCCUAUGAAUGUGAUGAGUGUGGGAAAACCUUUAGUCAAAGCUCCAACCUUAUUCUACAUCAGAGAAUCCACACUGGAGAGAAACCUUAUCCAUGCAGUGAUUGUUCUAAGAGCUUUAGUCGUCGUUCAGACCUUGUUAAACAUAAAAGAAUCCACACUGGAGAGAAACCAUAUGCAUGUAAUCAGUGCAAUAAAAGUUUUAGUCAGAGCUCAGACCUCACUAAACAUCAGAGAGUGCACUCUGGGGAGAAGCCCUAUCAUUGCAAUACUUGUGAGAAAGCCUUCAGUCAGAGUUCUGACCUUAUUCUUCAUCGGAGAAUUCACACUGGAGAAAAACCAUACCCAUGCACACAGUGCAACAAAAGUUUCACUCAGAACUCAGACCUUAUCAAACACCAGAGAACCCACACCGGGGAAAAACCAUACAAAUGUAAUGAGUGUGGAAAGGCCUUCAGUCAGUGCUCAGCUCUCAUCCUACAUCAGAGGAUCCACACUGGGGAGAAACCGUAUUGGUGUGAUCAGUGUGGCAAAAGUUUUAGUCGGCACUCUGAUCUCAUUAACCAUCGAAGAAUCCACAAUGGUGAAAAGCCAUAUAGAGGUGAUACUUUUGGGAAAGCCUUCAGCACAUGCACUGAUGUUGAACAUCAGAGUAUCCACACUGGAGAGGAACCACUUUGGUGUAUUCAGUGCAACAGAAGUUUUACCCAACUCUCUGAACUUAUUGAUCAUGAAAAAGUCCAUUCUGGCCAGGACAAUCUAGAUGUGAUGAAUGUGAGAAAAUCUUUAGUGUAUACACCAACUUUAUUCAGUACCAGAGACACUAUACUGGAAAAAAGCUUAUGAAUACUCUUGAUGAUUAUGAAAAAGGUUUUAAUGCUCAACUUUUGUAAGAAGAAGAAAAAACCACCCAUAAUGGAGAGAAAAGCAUGGAUUCAAUUGUUAUAAUGGUUUAACUCAAGAGAAAUUCUGAAGAGUCGUGUGUUGUGAGGAAAUGUUCAAUGUGAAUAAAAAUUUUACUAAAUGUCAGCAACAAUGGAAAUUUGUAUCUGCUAUGAUGUGAGAAAUUCUCAUCAAGUACAAUCCACAAGAGGAGUGUUUUAAAGGAAUUAAGAACCUUACCAGAUAUUGUAAAAAUCAGUGUUGUGGGUGUGCAAUCAGAACUUAGAAAUAUGUUAGUAUUGUAACUUCAGAUCUUUAGUGAGCCCAAAUUACCUAUCACAUAUUAGAUACGUUAUUUUAGAAAAUGUAAGGAAAACUUAAAAUUCCUUAUUUAAAUGGCACUUACCUGCUGACAGCUGCAGAGUUCUACCUUAUGUUAAUGCUAGUGAUUGUUCAAUCCAAUGUAUAUCUUACAUAAUAAGAGGCUAAUAUGCAAAUUGUCCUAUCGACCGGGAGUUCAAGCAACAGUCAGGCCGUCCAACCGCCCAUGUCUCCUCCCCCUAGCCAGGCUGGCCGGACCCCACCCAUGCACAAAUUCAUCCACAGGGCCUCUAAUAUAUAUAUAUGUAUGUACACAUUGAGUGGCCAGAUUAUUAUGCAUUCAGAUAUCAUGCCAUUCUGAUACUAAAUUUAUUAACUACACAACUGCAGUGCCCCAUUUUCUACAAAAAAAAAAAAAAAAAAAAAAAAAGUUUUGUGGCCUACUUUGGGUUUUCCUGGUGAGGAGUUUUUAAGUUCCUGUGAUGUACACAGCAAAUAUGGAUUUCUUUUGCUCUCAGUAAUAAAGCCUACAAUCUUUAGUGGUUUGAAAUAAUUUCAAUACUACCAUUUAAUCACAGCUUAAAUAUGUGAAACAAUAAAAAAAUUCAUAUGUCAAACUGUGAUGAUUUCUCUAUUUUAAUCUUGUCAUCAAUAAAUUGAACAAAAUUAAAGCUAAAGUAACACCCAAUGACUAAUUUGUGUAGCACAUUCUGUUUAAAAAUA